UUUGUCCUCGCGCUUUGCGCGCACCCGUACGUGUCUGCCAAAAAAAGAAGAAGGAAAAAAGAAGAAAAAUCAAUUAAAGAUGGCGGAGGCAAUAAUGUCUCUGAAGGGGAUGCGAGCGCAAAUGGCUGCAGCUGCAGAGGCGCAGGCAGAGGAGAGACGCAGCCAGGCGGCGAGCAGUUCAGGAGCCGAGGAGGCCGAGAGCACAAACGGCACGGCAAAGACCCAGGGAGCCCGCCCAGUCAUUGAUGGAGCGACACUAAGAAUAGACGACAAACUCAGAGUAGCGAAGGAGAGAAGAGAGGAGCAGGAGAAGCAACAAGCCACGCGGGAGUCGCAGAUCCUGGAGCGGGAGCGCAAGACCAAGGCGCAGUACGAGCGGCAGAUGGAGGAGAGGCAGAGGAAGCUGGAGGAGCAGCGCAGGAAGGAGGCGCAGCGGCGGGCUGCCGUGGACGAGAAGAGGAAGCAGAAGCAGGAGGAGGAGAAGGAGCAUUAUGAGGCAGUGUUGCGGCGCUCCCUGGAGCGCACUCAGAGACUGGACCAGAGGCAGAAGCGGUGGUCCUGGGGAGGCGGACUGACUGCAGACUCUGGCGACUCUGGUGGCACGGCGGCCUCCCCUGUAGCUACAGCCUCCUCUCCGGUCAAGGCUCAGAGGAAACUGGGUUCAGAAGUUCACAAGCGCUCUGCGUCUGCCUCCAGCCUCAAACAGCAGGGCGACUCGUCCGUCAGCAAGCGCUUGUCCUCCUCUAACGCCCUUAAGUCUCCCCAGAAAAGUGCUAAACAGAGAAGCUCCUCUCUAAACCGGUUGCAUAGCAACACAUCCCAUUCUUCUAAGGACCCCAAUAAACUGCCUCAGGUGGAGCAGACAGGCCCCUCCCUACAGAAGAGGAGCACCCCCAUCUCUUUGGCGGGGGGCAAGUCUCAGCCCUCCCCCAAAACAGAAAAGGCAGCAAAGGACGACCAAGCCUCGGCCAGCCCCCUGCACCCAGCCCGGGGCCCCCUCCGCAGCCGCAGCAGCGACCGGCAGAAGGCCCCGCCCUCGUCUGACGGCGCCUCCAGCAGCAUGCAGAAAGGUGAGAAGGAGAAGCGCGUCUCUUCCCCUGGGACUAAACACCCGGCCUCGCCCUCCAGAGUCGCGAACCGCCGCCGCUCCCCCUCCCCAGCGGCUGCACCCUCCAACUCCAACAAGAGACCCCCAUCCCCCGCAAAACAGAGCCCACGCCACCGUCCCCCCUCGCCCGGCACCGCCAAGCAACGCCCUCCCUCCCCGCAGCCCGCCUCCAAGCCCCCUCCCAUCCAGCGUCCUGCACUCACCCCCUCGGGGCCCCCCACCCUCCGCAAGAGGGACCCCAAACCAAAGGAUAGCUCCCCGGCGCAGUCCGUCACCCCCGACUCCCGGGACACGCCCCCAACCGGCACCACGCCGGGCAGUAAGACCAAAGAGGACCCCAGUGCCAAGGCUAUUGCAGGCACCACGUCGGCUGAGGAGGCCGCUAAGAUUUUGGCUGAGAACCGGCGUCUGGCUCGGGAACAGAAGGAGAGGGAGGAGCAGCUGAGAGUGCAGAGAGAGGAGGAGGAGAGGGUGAGGAAGGAGGAGGAGAAGCGGCUGGCGGAGGAGGCGAGGGUCCGGCGCGCGGAGGAGGAGAAGAGGCGGGCGGAGGAGAGGAAGAGGGAGGAGGAGGAGCAGGCCCGUUUGACGGAGCUGGAGAGAGAGAGGCUGGAGCUGGAGGAGCAGGAAAGACAGGCAGAGCUCCAGAAAGAGCGUGAGGAGGCUGAGGCGCGGGCCCUGGAGGAGGCGGAGAAACAGCGGCAGGAGAGAGCGAGGAUCAUGCAGCAGAACCAGAAGGAGCGCAUGGAGAGGAAGAAGAGAAUCGAUGAAAUUAUGAAGAGGACGAGAAAAACGGACCAAAACGAUUUCAAGAGAGACGAGGAGAAGGGCAUGCUGGAUGAAAACGAAGAGGAGGACAGUGAGGGGAAAGAGGAGGAAGCGAAGGAGGAGGAGGAGGAGGAGGAGGAGGAGGACUGCAGUAACGGAGAGGCGGACAACGAGGCGGAGGGGUGGAGCCAGCCAGCAGGGGAGCCAGUGGCGGAGCAGGAGGACAGCGUGAACGGGAAGUCGGAAGCAGAAGACAAAGAGAACAGGGAGGACUCAUGUCAGGGGGAGCUAGUGGCCGUCAGCCCCACACCCAAGACCUGUCUGGUGGAGGGCUUGGAAUUUGUGAACGAGGACUGUAAGAUGGGGCUGCUGCCAGGCCUCAACGGGAGAGUGGGGUCCUGGAGCUUAGAGGAGCUCAUCGACCGGGGCGUGCAUUCCAAGGCCGGCCCCCUGAUCGACGCCGAUGAGGGCCCCGAGAAGCCCCUGCCGGUUUUCGAGGACAAGGGAGGCUCCCUGCAGCCGGCUCAGCCAAUCGAAGCCCUCACUGGUGAGGAGAAACGGCACGCCCACUUGUGAACAGGACCUGUCCGUACACAGCUCUGCACUUCUGGCCUGAAUAUUCUCAGAGGGUUGCAAUCCAGAAGUUUCCUAAUCCUUUUGAUGCCUCACGCUGAAAGAGGGAUGCUUAACUGGUUCAGUGAGAACAGUGAUGAGCUGAAUAUGAGAAUAAAAAGCCCAGUUAGAAUGAAAGCCAACAGACACCGCAACCUUCCAGGACUGGCUGAGCAACUCAAUUCCACGCAGUCAUUUCUAUAUUGUAGCCAUAAUUAGCUUAUUCAAACUUCUGACAAAUAGGUCUAUAGGUGGAUUUAACAUUUCAGUCGAAUUCAACAAUGAAAGGUUAAAGACUGAUGUCAUACUGUGAACAUGCGCCUGUCUCCUCUCUCCUUCCCUCAGAGAUGUGAUACUGUGGAUCUUCAGGACUGUGAUGAUUGCACUCCAGGAAUCCUGUCUUUGAGGCCUUCCUGUCCCCCAUCCCAAAGAUGCUUCAAGUAGAUACAGAGAGUGGAGCACAGGUGGAAUGGAAUUGAGGAUCAUGGAUUGCUAACUUUGCACCUCAAAGAAUGAAAAAAAAAAAAAAGCUUAAACAUGCUUCAGGGAAAACAGUAUAUUCCUUCAAUGUGCUUACUUACUCCUAGGUUUCUCAAUGUCAUGUCCUAAUAUGAACUGAAACUUGUAUUUUUUAUUUUAUUGUUUUUGUGUUAUAAUAUUUAUAUGUUAUGGGGAGGGAUGGAUAUUGUAAUUUAUUUGGACGGCUUCUGCACAUUGUCCUCUGUUCCCGCUGUGUGUUUUGUGGGAGAAGUUCCUGCGAGACGGAUCUACACUGCGUAUGUGUGUGUGUUGAGGAGGUAGUCAUGUUUGAAUCGUUAUGGAUGGGCCUUGAAAAGGUUUGGGUGCGCAGUGGAGUUCAACCGAUCAGCACCCUUUCCUGGAGAAAACUGCUGGGAGUUUAUUUAACCUCGAAGUAAGUGGAAUUGUGUAUGAAAUUAAAUUUCUUUCAUUUGCUGUCAGUCAGCAUCCAGUGAAGGCCAAGGCAACAGUUUGGUCAAAUGAGUAAGAUCUGUAGUUAAUAAGAUGGACCAGCGAGACCUCGCUAUCAAACGCACACAGGACUCGGUGUCCUCUGUCCACACAAAAUGGGUGCCUAGCCUUGAGAAACGGAUUGCGCAGUGGCUCGCAGUGGAACUUUAACGCUGUCAUUCGGAUUCGGUUAGAUUAAGCGGUGCACAUGGCAAUAAACUCCAUUUCCAGAGCGCUUUCCCCCCCGCUGAGGAAGCAGCUUGUUCCUUCACUCAGAUCGCUCCUGCUAACUGUGAAUUAGGAAUCCCCUAGGCGAAGAAACUGAAAUAUCUCCAGAUCAACUGAGAGAUUAAAGGGUUGCACAUGGGGAAGCUCUACAGCAGCUGAAACCAGCCGACUGAAACUUUUUAUUGUAUC